AUGGAGAUCUUUUCCCUCGUCAACGGCAUGGAGGCUAUUCUUCAUUCACCAGGAGCCGCGGCUCUUAGGGAUGGUCCUCUCAGAGAGCUUUUCUGCGAGACACCGCAUCCGCACGUUAACAGCUACCUUCUCCGUGGCCUUCAUGCCAGAUUACCCGAGCUUGCAAGGCGGAUAGCAUCUGACUCAAUGGAAGAUCAGUCCCGGACCGUGCUGACUUCCGCCGUCGUAUCCAUCACCGGUUGCGUCGACGACGCGUUUUCGAAUCUGUACAAAGUAUCACCACCAGAGCUGAGGGCCAUCUUCUCAUGGCCCAUGUCUGUGUCGCGAGAUUUCUUGGACCUGGCUGUGUCGGGACAUCCGUUGGCUCUGAUCAUCUUAGCGUACUACGACAUUCUACUGUACUGGGGCGAAACCGAGUAUUGGUUCUUCGAGAACUGGGCAGAGACCUUGAUCACUGCGAUUGUGGAGAAGGUCAAGGGUUCCCCGUGGGACGAUCUUCUCAAUUGGCCAGUUGAGAAAUCCUUUGACGCCAGAGUGUAUUUGUACGUCGGUGAAGCAGAUAUCUGGCAUUGA